AUGUUCAAGCGCGUCCUCGCCACCGCUCCGGCACAAGCCAGCGCUGCUGUCCGUCACGCAGCUACCUCCUCCGCCCGUCCACAAUUCGCCUCAACCAUCACAAAAGCAACACUCUCCACACCCGUACGACGCUCCUACCAUGAAAAAGUUCUGGACCACUACAACAACCCCCGCAAUGUCGGCUCCAUGAAGAAGGACGAUGUCGACGUCGGCACAGGUCUCGUUGGCGCGCCCGCAUGUGGAGAUGUCAUGAAAUUGCAAAUCAAAGUCGGCAAGAACGCAGACGGAGAGGACAUGAUCGACGAAGUGAAGUUCAAGACUUUCGGAUGCGGAUCUGCUAUCGCAAGUUCGAGUUACUUGACAGAGCUGGUGAGGGGCAUGACGCUCGAGGAGGCGGGCAGGAUCAGGAAUACGGAGAUUGCGAAGGAACUUUGCUUGCCGCCGGUUAAGCUGCAUUGUUCGAUGUUGGCAGAGGAUGCGAUCAAGAGUGCGAUAAGCAACUACUACACGAAGAACCCUAAGGCGCGGGCGACGGAUUUGGGAGGUACUGGAGCGGCGAUGCCGAAGAUUGAGAUUGAGAAGAUUGGCAGCAACGACAAUGUCCAGCCUUCGCUAUAA